AUGCCACACUUUCUCAGGGCUUGUUGGUGUGCUAAUCAACAUCCACAUGGGACUUCUUCAGGGUGUUUUAUGAGAGAUGCAUCUACCCAAACAAUGAUUAUGAUCAUUGCUCUUUGUUCCUGCACUGUCAGAAAAACUUGGCCUGUCAUUCUUGCUGCACAUUCAGCGGACAAAAAGAAGCUACCCAGUUGUCUGCUAGAAGUAAUGGCCAUGCAUCCCCAUGUAUGUGUACGGAGAGUACAAACUGGGAUAGGACCAGUUUGGUGUGAUGUAGUCAAUGGGGACAUCUUGAAUUUUGCCCUCAAUGUUUGCCAGCACGUGUUUGAAGAACCCGCGCCUUGUUCAUCCUUUGCAGGAUAA